AUGGCUGCCUCUGUGUUGUCGGGCGCCGCGUUUGGCGCCGCCAUGGCGGCUGCGGGCUUCCACGAGCCGAGCGUGGUGGUUUCGCAGCUGAGAUUCGAGAACUGGCACAUGAUGCAGGCGUUUUUGACUGCCACUGCCACGAGCGCCGCCAUCUGCGCUCUCGCCAAACGCCUAGGCUUGCUCGACGCGGCGCCGCGGUCCUCGUCGCCGCUGGGCCUCUUCUCCCCGUACGACGGCAACAUCAUCGGCGGGGCUCUGCUCGGCGCGGGCAUGGCGCUGGCGGGCUCGUGCCCCGGCACGCUGUACGCCCAGCUGGCCGGCGGGGCGCGCAGCGGGCUGCUCGCGCUGGCCGGCGCCGCGGCCGGGGGGAUGCUCUGGUCCGGCGUGGGCGCCAAGGCCGUGGCGCGGCUGCGGGAUCGGCGCGGCGUGCGGCCGCUGCCGGGCACGGUGAGCGACCGGCUGGGCGUGACGGACGCGGCGGCCCUGCUGCUGCUGGAGGGCGCGUGCGCCGUCGCCGUCGCCGCCACGGCGCUGCGCACGCCGGCCGGCCCCGGCGCGAGGGGGGGCCUGCUCAUCGGCGGCGCGCAGCUGGUCAGCGUGCUGGCGCGCGGGUCGCUGGUCGGCGUGUCGGCGUCGUUCGAGGAGGCCGGCGGCCUGGCGUGCCGGCUGCUCGGGGGGGCGGCGGCGCCGGCUGCCUCCUACGCCGGCGUGGCGUUUGCCUCGGGCGUCGCGGCCGGCGCCUGGGCCCUGCUGCAGCUGGCGCCGGGGCUGGCGGCCGCCGCGGCCGAUGCUGCCCAGCGGGCGCAGGUCCCGCCGGCGCAGGUCUCGCCGGCGCUGGCCUUGGCGGGCGGGCUGCUGAUGGCCGUCGGGUCCCGGCUGGCCGGUGGCUGCACCUCCGGCCACGGCAUCAGCGGCAUCUCGCUCCUGUCCACGUCCAGCGUCGUCACCAUCGCCACCACCUUUGCUGUGGGAGCCGUCGUGGCCCCCAUGGCCUAUUGA